UUUUAAAAAUGAACACAACAUGGGUAUAUAAUUUUUUCAACACACUUUCACAAUCCGUAAUUCCACCAAAUGUUUUUGCUCUAUUAAUUGUCAUACCUUCAGCCACUCUUUACAUUACAGAAUUAGGAGUGAUUUUUCGUUUCAAGAAAACUUUUAAAUCUUCAUUUUUUAAAUUAUUUGCAGCUAGAACAAUAUCGGUAAUUUAA